GAACUCGAGUUCAAGCCGAUGCCACAGGAGGAGGGCCCUUUGGCGAUGGAGCCCAAGAUCGAUGCGCUGACAAAGGACAUGGAGUUGCUGACAAAUAAUAUGGACUCUCUUGCAGCCGAGGCCUUCCCCGAGACGUCUCCCGACGAGAAGAAGGACGCGGUGGCGCCACUCCCGAGGCUCGCUCAAGCCUUUCGGCUUCUGGAGAACGAUGUGAACGUUGCGGACUCCUACAAGCUAACCGAGGAGAUCGUUGACGCUAUUCGACUGGGGCUCACGCAGAGCCACAACUAUUUCGAGGCGCUCGACAUUGCCAUGGAGCUCACAACCUAG